AUGGCAAGACGAUCCCCAGCCCGCCUCCUCCUCACACUAGCAACACCCCCCUUACUAGUGGGUUACGGCACGCAUUUCUGGCUAAACUCACUGGAAGCAAGAUAUCCCCAUAUUGCUCCAGAUAGAUCUAGCACCGAGCCUCUCCGUACACCAGCCAACUCAACAACUCAACAUGUCCCCCACGUCGACAUCUACGCCGCCCGGAUCCGCCUCCGCGACCUCCAAGCACGGACCAGCAACCCCACAGAAAAUCCCACGAAACAAGACCUGAACAUUGCCUGGGCGCAAUCACUACUGAACUGCACUGCACUGCGACUAGAAGGAAAAGUGAUCGGACUCUUCCGCAAGUGUAAAUUCGACCCAGGCGAUCUGGGCACUACCCCGGCAGGAUUUGGCCCCGAUCCCGAGACGGGGGCCCCGCGCGAGCUUCUGAAUGGGGGUAUGACUGUUAUUCGACAGCCGGUGGGCGACGAGCCUUUGUUAGUGAAGUGGGAGAUUUCGGAUGGACCGCGGCGGUUCUUCGAGGUGAUCUCUCGUUGGGGGUAUCCGUGGCGCUUGAUGACGGGUGGACGGCAUGAGAUGAGUGUGGAAGGGCCGUUUGACGGUGAAGGGGAUGAGGAGGGUCUAGGGCCGUUCGUGGAAGUGCGCUUCGCUUCGGCGCACACGUAUGAGAUUGUACCCGCGGAGGGAAGUCUUUCACAGCAGAAGACUAUCCCCAAAUGGGUUGCGAGGUUGCAUCGUGGGUAUGCAAGACUUUUGUUGGAUACUGCUGUGAAGGAGUUGGUGGAGGGGACGGAGUGA